AUGACGGAUGAUCUUUUCCACGUUGACGUGCGUGGCGGGCACAACUCGAUGGGCGAGACAAAGAGGGGCCAAUACGUGGUUCGGAAGCGCAAGACGGAUCUCGAGCUGCUCCUUGUACGCCUGAGUCAUCUGCACCACAACACCCAGGCCGUCGCGAAGCUCCAAUUGCUGCUCCAGCCGAUGCGCGCGAUCGAGGCGGCGGACACGAUCGAGCAACCGCCGGUGAAGCGCCCUCACGACGCGCCGCUCGAGAAGCACCGCUUUGGCCUCCAUCUCGACGCUGCCGCGUUUCUCUUUUGA